AUGGCGGGAAGGUGCCCCGUAGUUCAGCCAGGGGUGACCAUCGGGGCGGGCUACAGCCUCGCCCAGCUGAAUGAUGCCUUAGGUUUUAUUGUUUCGGAGCAACCAAAGGAGAAGACUAAGACCUACCGUGCCCUCCGGACGCACCUGAGGACGCUUGCCGGAGUCCAGAUCAGGAGUAUGGCGACUUUAGGAGGACAUGUGGUGAGCAGGCCGAAUUUUUCUGACCUAAAUCCAAUUUUAGCAGCAGGAAGUGCUACCAUCAAUCUGAUAUCUAAAGAAGGAGAACGGCAGAUUCCUUUAGACGGCCAUUUCCUUGAGAGAUCGCCUGAAGCUGACCUUAAGUCAGAAGAGAUUGUGUUAUCUGUGUAUAUUCCCCACUCUACACAGUGGCACUUUGUGUCGGGACUGCGGCUGGCCCAACGCCAGGAGAAUGCCUUUGCCAUUGUCAAUGCCGGGAUGAGUGUGAAGUUUGAAGAUGGCACAGACACAAUCAAGGACCUUAAAAUAUUCUAUGGGCGUGUUGGCCCCACUGUGGUCUCUGCAAAGCAAACCUGCAAGCAGCUCAUCGGGAGGCAAUGGGAUGACCACAUGCUGAGCGAUGCGUGCCGAUUGGUCCUGGAUGAGAUUUACAUUCCGCCAGGAGCUGAGGGUGGCAUGGUAGAAUAUAAGCGAACCCUCAUGAUCAGCUUACUCUUCAAAUUCUACCUCAAAGUGAGGCGAGGACUGAAUAAAAUGUAAUCUUCUUUCUAGGAUCCCCAGAAGUUUCCUGAUAUCCCAGAAAAUUUCAUGAGUGCUGUAGACAAUUUCCCCAUAGGAACACCCCGAGGACUUCAGAUGUUCCAGUGUGUGAAUCCCCACCAACCUCCUCAAGAUCCAGUCGGCCACCCCAUGAUGCACCAGUCAGCCAUUAAACAUGCCACUGGGGAAGCCGUGUACGUUGAUGACAUGCCCCCCAUCGCCCAAGAACUCAUCCUGGCGGCAGUUACCAGCACCAGAGCUCAUGCAAAGAUAAUAGCAAUUGAUGUUUCAGAAGCCCUGGCACUUCCCGGUGUUGUUGAUGUGAUAACAGCAGAAGAUGUUCCGGGAGAUAAUAACCAUAAUGGAGAGGUUCUCUAUGCACAGAACGAGGUAAUUUGCGUGGGUCAGAUCGUCUGCACCGUGGCCGCUGAUACCUAUGCCCAUGCGAAAGACGCCGCUAAGAAAGUGAAGAUCGCUUAUGAAGACAUAGAACCUCGGAUUAUCACAAUAGAGCAAGCCCUAGAGCACAAUUCAUUUCUUUCUGAUGAGAGGAAAAUUGAGCAGGGAAAUGUAGAGCAAGCCUUUAAACAUGUUGAUCAAAUCAUUGAAGGUGAGAUCCACGUGGAAGGACAGGAGCAUUUUUACAUGGAAACGCAAACUAUCCUGGCUAUCCCAAAAGAAGAAGAUAAAGAAAUGGUGUUACACCUUGGAACGCAGUUUAAGUCAGGGGUUUAUCUCUUUCAGGAAUUUGUGGCUGCAGCACUUAACAUCCCAAGGAAUAGAGUCGCCUGCCAUAUGAAAAGAACUGGAGGAGGAUUUGGGGGGAAAUCGACCAAGCCCUCCGUGCUGGGUGCUGUCACUGCUGUGGCCGCCAACAAGACUGGCCGCCCAAUCCGGUAUGUUCUAGAACGUGGUGAUGACAUGCUGAUAACUGCUGGCCGCCACCCACUCCUCGGAAAAUACAAAAUUGGAUUCAUGAACAACGGUGUGAUCAAAGCUGCCGACGUUCAAUAUUAUCUCAAUGGUGGAUGCACCCCUGAUGAGUCUGAGUUGGUGAUAGAGUUCGUUGUGCUGAAAUCUGAAAAUGCAUAUCAUAUUCCUAACUACCGGUGCCGGGGUAGGGCUUGCAAAACAAACUUGCCAUCCAACACUGCCUUUCGAGGAUUUGGCUUUCCCGAGGUUUCAGUGGUAGUUGAAGCUUACAUAACUGCUGUGGCAUCUCAAUGUAACUUACUCCCUGAAGAGGUUAAAGAAAUAAACAUGUACAAGGGAAUUAGUAAAACAGCCUUUAAACAGAGAUUUAAUCCAGAGCCCUUGGGAAGAUGCUGGAAAGAGUGUCUGGAGAAAUCUUCAUUUUAUGCUAGGAAGAGGAAUGCUGAGGAAUUUAACAAAAAUAAUUAUUGGAAGAAAAGGGGGCUUGCUGUGGUCCCCUUGAAAUAUACCGUUGGCGUUCAAUAUGCCCAGUACAAUCAGGCCGCCGCUCUCGUCCACAUCUACACCGAUGGCUCUGUCUUGGUGGCUCAUGGUGGCUGUGAAAUUGGACAAGGCCUUUACACCAAAAUGAUCCAGGUGGCUAGCCGGGAACUGAACAUCCCUGUCUCCUAUAUCCACCUGUCGGAAACAAGCACAGUCACCGUGCCCAAUGCCUCCUUCACAGGAGGGUCUAUGGGGACAGACAUCAACGGGAGAGCGGUGCAGAAUGCUUGCCGAAUUCUUAUGUCCCGUCUCCAGCCAGUCAUCCGGAAAAACCCCAAGGGAAGCUGGGAGGACUGGAUUGCAAAAGCCUACGAAGAAUCCAUCAGCCUGUCCACCACGGGGUAUUUCAGAGACUACCAGACAUAUAUGGACUGGGAGAAGGGAGAAGGGGAGGCUUUCCCAUAUUAUGUUUACGGAGCAGCCUGUUCUGAGGUGGAAGUCGACUGUCUGACUGGGGCUCACAAGCUCCUUCGGACGGACAUCUUCAUGGAUGCGGCUUUCAGCAUCAACCCAGCCCUGGACAUUGGGCAGAUUGAAGGAGCGUUUAUCCAAGGCAUGGGAUUAUAUACCAUAGAAGAACUGAAAUACUCCCCGGAAGGUGUGCUUUAUUCUCGGGGUCCUGAUGACUACAAAAUCCCCACCGUCACAGAAAUACCAGAAGAGUUCUAUGUGACUUUGGUGCGGUCCCGAAAUCCCAUAGCCAUCUACUCAUCCAAGGGACUGGGUGAGGCUGCAAUGUUCAUGGGAAACUCCGUGCUCUUCGCCAUACAUGAUGCAGUGGCUGCUGCCCGAAGAGAGAGGGGCUUGACCAACACCUUCAUCCUAAACAGCCCAGGGACGCCUGAGGAGAUUCGGAUGGCUUGUGUGGAUCAGUUCACCGACAUGAUCCCCAGAGAUGACCCUUCGACAUUUACACCUUGGUCCAUUCGUGUGUCUUAAUGUUAUCUUUUCUUUAUAAAAUGAAAGAGUUGACGAUUGCCCUUAAAAUUCUCCAACCAGAGCAAUAUAUAUGGUAUUUCCCAAAUGUCAAUGAUACUUUUAGCUUUUUUAUUUUUUAAUCCUCACCCGAGGAUAUGUUUUGUUGAUUUUUAGAAAGAGGUGGAAGGGAGAGA